AUGGAUUCGGCAAAGCUCCCCAUUCCUCUGCUGUUGGCGGUGUCAUCAGUUUUCUCUCAGAACCCUUUGCAGUAUGGCACCAUCAGCGUCAACUCCAGUGCCGGAGUCAUCACGGGGAUGAAGCAAUAUACCACUGUCUACGGCAAUGCAGCGCCCGUAAAGUGCUUCUUUGGGAUCCCGUACGCCGAACCACCUACGGGGGCUCGAAGGUUCUCACGACCAGUAGCGAAGGCACCUUUCAAGGAUGUUUAUGACGCAACAUCUGUGGAUAGACCCAUCUGUUACCAGAAUAUGGAAUUACUGCAGGGAAACCCUGGACCUAUUUAUAAUCAGACCGAGGAUUGUCUUCUUUUAAACAUUUACGCUCCACUCCACGCUACGCCAUCCAUUAAGAGAGCUGUGAUGAUCUGGAUCCAUGGUGGAGGCUGGGUUGUUGGAUCUAGUCGGCAAUGGGAUGGCUCCUUCAUAGCCAGCUAUGGGGACGUGGUGGUCGUCACGCUAAACUAUCGCCUGGGGCCUUUAGGCUAUCUUGGCACUUAG